UAUUGGUUUUGGACCAAACAACACAUUUCCAGGUAUUCCCAUCUAAGUUUCACUUCAUCAACAAAUAUGAUGAGCUCGACUUUCAACUCAACUCAAGUUCAAGACAACAUGAAAGACGUGGACGAGACGGACGGUCCAUUUGACCUUAGCAUGACCGUCGUCUUAUUUUUUAUGAGCAUUCUGAUCGUGACCAGCAACAGCGUCACUCUGCUGGCCAUUUGCAAGAACAAAGGUUUGAAAUCACUUCCGAACAGGUUCAUUACGGCCCUGGCAGCAGCUGAUUUGUUGGUUGGUGUGGGCAUCCUGGCAAUGUUGGUGCAGAAGUAUGCAAGACCGUCCACACAGUGGAUUGAGUGUCAGUACAGUCUAGCCAUCGUGUACUCAAGUUUAAACUUCAGCCUGUUCAUCCUGCUCUCCGUGGCUCUAGACCGCUACCUCUACAUCGUACACCCCUUUGUCUACAGACGACACGUGAGUCCCCGCUUGAUCAAAGUCUCUAUCACCAUGGAGUGGCUUCUGGCUUCGGUUCACGGAUUUAUCGCCGCUUACCUGCCUGUCAGUGGAGGUGUGGAGACGUGCAAUCCAUUGUUUGCCUUUCAGCUGAAGCUUGUUCAAUUCGUGUUCCCUGCCGUCUUCACUCUCGUCUGCUCUGGAAUAUUCGUCCUUUACGUCCUCAUCGCCAAGACCGCCAAGAUGCACUGGGACAGACGAGUGCACCGCCUGCUUGACAUCCACAACACAAUGCUGAAGUCUAGAAGCUCUGGUUUGAAAACAAUUGCAGAUCGACUGGACGAGGACUGUGGUCAUUUAGUUACCAGAAAUUUGGAUAAAAUCAAGUUAGGCGAAAACGUAGAUGUGACGUCAUCUUCCGGAGUUGCCGAGAAAAGCAAUCCUUUCGUAGCUUCAGUGAACAAUAACAUUAGUGGUAAUAGUGAAGUAAAGCAUGUACUAGACCAGGACGUUAAAGAACAGGAAGUUAAAGAACAGGAAGUGACGACAGCGGAGAAUAGGUUGAAAGAAGGAACGGUUACAAGGGAAAUUUUAUUUUCGGAUGUUAACAUUGAGCAGACGGCUGUAACACUGCAAUCUGACGUCAAGACCGUACGAGAGAGACAUCAACAGGUCAACGAUUUUUCAGUCAGCGUCCGGUCACUACGAUGGCUAAAGCUCACGGCCAUUGUCUCUGGCCUAUUCACCAUAUGCUGGACUCCCAUCAUGGUCGACAUCCUAGUCUCUUGGAUAGACCCGUUACCAAGAAAAGUGACCUAUGUCUUCUCGUUGCUCGGCAUCGCCAACUCCGCCAUCAACUUUUUUGUGUACGCGAUACACACCAAACAAUUCAGACAGGUCAUAGUUCAAAGAUUACUUUGCAGAUAAAGAGGUCACAAUCACUAACCUACCGCACUACUUAUGUCUAAAACCUUUCAUUAAUUAUAAAAUUCGGAAGUUUAUGUGGUCUAAUUGAAAGUAAAAUACAAGUUAGUGGCAAAGUGCGAAAUCCAGGCAUUCUAUAAAGGAAUUUUAUUAAGGCAUUCAAUGAAGGAAUUCUAUGGAAAACUUCUAUGGAAACAUUCUAUGAAAACAUUCUAUGAAGGAAUUCUAGGGAAACAUUCAAUGAAAACAUUCUAUGGAAACAUUCUAUGAAGGAAUUCUAGGGAAACAUUCAAUGAAAACAUUCUAUGGAAACAUUCUAUGAAGGAAUUCUAGGGAAACAUUCAAUGAAAACAUUCUAUGAAAACAUUCUAUGAAGGAAUUCUAGGGAAACAUUCAAUGAAAACAUUCUAUUGAAACAUUCUAUUGAAACAUUCUUUGGAAACAUUCUAUGAAGGAAUUCUAUGAAGGAAUUCUAUGAAAACAAUCUAUGAAAACAUUCUUUGGAAACAUUCUUUGGAAACAUUCUAUGAAGGAAUUCUAUGAAGGAAUUCUAUGAAAACAUUCUAUGGAAACAUUCUUUGGAAACAUUCUUUGGAAACAUUCUAUGAAGGAAUUCUAUGGAGGAAUUCUAUGAAAACAUUCUAUGGAAACAUUCUUUGGAAACAUUCUAUGAAGGAAUUUUAUGAAGGAAUAUAACUUCACCAUUUCCUACUUUCCUAAUAAAAGAUAUCUCCAAAUUUAAAAUACAUUUGUCUGUACCUAAAUUAAAUCCAGUUUUCAUAUUAUCAAAUAAUUCCUCAAAGCAACGAACCGUAUUUUACAAUAGAAAAAAAUCCUUCUUUCCUCCCACUACAAUGAGAAAUGAAAAGAUGCAGAAACAUUUUGCACAUUUAGCGACAAAAUGUAAACUUUAAAAAACUAGGCUCGUAAUGUCCUAGGUGUCAAUCAUUGGAGGGGAAGUAUAAAGUAGCUCAUAGUUUUCUCAGACACAGCGACAUUACUUCAUGAAACGUAGAGUACGGGUGAACACUCUCCACAUUCUCCUCCGAUAGUAGUGAAACAAAGUGUAUCUUUCUGGAACAUCUAUAUGUAUCUUUUAUUUUUA